CACAUAAUGCUAUCAAUUCAGUAUUGAGUAGGCAGCCGACCUUAUCGACUAAUACAGCGUUUCUUCCAUUUGUUGCAGACUUUUACAAGUAUAGUAUUGCCUAUUUGUUGUUUUCGCAAAUGUUGCCAAUUAACAAACUACCAACUAGGCAAAUUGCUACAAUAUUUUAUACCGCUUUCGGUGAUCUUCCUUUUGAAGUUAUUUCCUCCUUUGAAUUUGCGGAAUAUAAUGCCCACAAUUUGAUGUUUUUCAGCUCCAUGCUGUUAGAGACCGCGACUAACUUUAUUUUGAUGCCUUUUGAAUUUAAAGGUUGGACGAUUUUAUUGAUUGCUUGACAUGGUAUAGGUAUGACAAGUUUUUGCGACGACAAACGCAUAGGGCGAAUCCGUAGUAUAUGUAUCAACUGUGUGCAUAGUUUAUGCGCCACCUUCCGGUGAAAAGAUCAAGUAUGCUUUAUUGAGCAGAUGUGCUGCUGCUGGUUUGCCAGUUCCAGGUUUUUUAAAUAUAAUUGUAUACAACCAUAUCACAAAUCAGAAUAUAACAAACCUAAUGUAUCCGCAACAAUUUUAUGGCUGUUAUGGCAAUGAGAGCAAAGAGCGCAUAUGGGAGAUGCUUUUUGAUAUUGACCAUCUUCAGAAAAAUAAAUAACGUAUGCAAAAUUUUGAAAAGAUUU